CGGUUCGCGCUGAGCUUAGCCAGCGUGCCGUGGUACUUUUCAGCAGGCUGUUUGGGACAUGAAGCUCAGGCUUGCUGCGUGAAGACAAAGCUCCACCUGAAGGCAGCAGGGAUGGCUCUGGAGCAGCUCAGUGAUGUGGUCCAGAGAUGUCAAGCGCUCCCCAGUGACAGCUACAGCACUGAGGAUUAUGACGUCUUCACGAUUGCGGGGCGGAGCUGCAUUGAGGAGGGCAACAGCGCUCAGGUCCUCAGCAUCGUCUUGGAUGAAAAGAAUCAGGACAUAGUGAGAUGCAUGGGCUGGAAUCUGCUGCCUCCACUGAUUGCGGUGCUGCUGAAGAAAGAAGACAAGAACCUUCCUCAGUGCCUGGCCAUUUUUAACCACCUGCUGCAGACCUGCAGACCCAAAGAGCUGCUGAUCGGCCUGUUGGAGCAACUGGAGCACGAUGAUCCUGACACCAUAGCAGAAAGUCUUCACCUGCUCCUGAACCCUCUACAGAGAGUGCUGCUGUGCCUUGGCGGUCGUAAGCCGUCGUCCCUGGGUAUGACCCUGUCCUCGGUGCUGGACCAGGUGGCCAAACUGCCCCUCCCUGGCACCAAGGAGCAGGAGGAGGACGACGUCUUCUCGCUUUGUCGCUGCUGCACCGACCUGAUCGACUUUGUCAGACCUUUUGUGGACGAGGCCAAGCAAAACCUCCUCACCACUAAGACGCAGAGCGAGAACGUCGACAGGACGGCGGUCGGGCAGGACGGGGAGAAAGAGGACGAGCUGCGGACAGAGCUCCUCAAGUUCUGUAUGAAGACUCUGAGUCACCCUCUGUUGGAGGUACAGCUCCGGGAUCCGGACACACUGCCUCUGUCCCCCCUCAGGACCUUUGCCACAGAGAUUCUGGACACCCUCCGUGCUAUCGGCGAGUCCCUCCCCAGCCUCGUCUACCAGCCACUGCUGAGGAGGAAACAGGUCCCGGGCUUCCUGGAGGAGGAGGUGCGUUACCCUAAAGAGUCUCUGGCCAGCUUGGCUCAUCUGGUGUUCGUCCACCACCUGGCUGCAGAUACAUUCCCCAGCGUUUUCAGUCCUGUGUUCAGUCUGCGGUGUACCAUGGAGCACAUCCUCCUGCUCCUGUCCAGAACGGAGGACUGCCGGCUUCAGAAAGGACUGGAGCUGUACGAGAAAAGUUUGGUGCGGGUAGAGGACGGCAGCCUGCCUGCAGAUCUGCUGGAGAUCAAAACCUUCCUCACGGUCCCUCAGAACCUGGUGAAGGUCAUGACGAUGUGUCCGAGCCAUGAUCUGAGAACCAGAGGCCUGAAGGUGUUCCAGCUGAGCAUCGAUAAGUUUGAUACUGAAGCCAAGUACAGAUUUUUCCAGUACAUGCUGAAGACGAGUCAUCACUCAGGAGUGGAAGGUUACAUCAUCAAGAACAUCAGGAACCAGAUCGACGCUGCGCUGCAGCCAGGUAACGGCAACACCUGGUUCGAGGGCGUUCACAUGCUGCCUCUGCUCAGGAAGGUUCUCAGUCUCCCUGACGGCCCAGAGACCGACCUGCUGCAGUACCUGGACAGGAUCAUGGAGUCUCUGAACCUGCUGCGGUACCUGGUCAUCAGAGAUAAGGUGACAGAGAACCAGACAGGGAUCUGGACCGAGCUGUAUAAGAUAGAGGAUUCCUUCAUGAAGCCCCUGCGUGUCGGGAUAAACAUGUCCAGAGCUCACUACGAGAGGGAGCUGCACAGCACCAUGGAGACCAAGAAGAACAAGGCCAAAGGAGCUGCCACAGCAGAGGAGUCGGUGCUUUCUGUGUCCGUCGGUGACGAGAAGCUGCCGAACAUGACGUCAGACUCACAGAUUCAGGCUCUGCACUCGGCCCUGCACACGUUUGAUAUGAUCGAGAGCGUGCUGGUGCGGAUAGAGGAGCUGGUGGAGGUGAAAGAAGAUCUAUAGAGUGAGAUCGUCAGCCAGAGAGCGUCGCCGUCUCAGGGCCUAGCAAACAAAAAGAGCCUUCAGCAGUUAAGUUGAUUUAUUUUAUUCCAAACAGAGCAGCAUCACAACGCACGGGGAUGCGUUGCUUCAAACGAGCCAUGCACUUAAACGAGUGUUUGUCAUAAUUCAGGUUGUUCUCAGCUCGUCUGUCAAACUGUAAAAUGUUGUCUCGAAAAAACAAAUCUAAACGUCUGCUUGUGUCACUUCUGUGAUAAAUUUUUCAAAGUUUUGUACACACCGGUUAAAUAAAGUAUUCAUUCUUGUACCGUUUGUUCAAACAAGUGGAAUAUUUUCUUGUUGUUCAGUAAUAUGCCCCCAGAGUAACUACAAUCACAGUGUUCUGAUUAUUUCUAACACAUUUAUGAAGCAGUUUAUUAAAUUCACAACUAAUAACACUU